AUGAGACACUCCAUCAGGAACAUGAAGCCAAGCACAACGGAUCAACUCGUUCGUAGCAUAUGCGAGAGUAUUGGACUCAUCGACUCCAAGAAAUGCAAAUCUGCUGUGUCACACUCAAAAUCUUUCUUUGAUGCUUGUCUACGAAAGCAGCCCAUCCUAAAUUCUGCACCAGUGGAUAAGCUGUAA